CCACGCAGACAGUUAGCUCGGUGCAUACAACGAGCGCAUCCAAACGCAGAGUGUCAGGCAGUGCGGAUGUAACUUUGCUGUCUAGGAUCUAAACAUUGCUCUGCUAAAAGAGCGUAGGAGGACUGGCUUGGGGUGCAAUGCAGUCAUCUGAAAGUUUCACCCCUCUGGUGGUGCUUGAGCUGGUCUCAGACACCAAAGAAGAAGCCGUCUCUUGGCUGCUCCAGAGGAUACGAGAUAAACAGCAAAAUGGAGGCGCUGAGUUGCUGGUCGAACAGCUUGGACCAGGGGUAGGGGUUCAAGAGAAACAAAAUCCAAACUUAUUCCUAAUCGGGGCGUCGUUACAGAGACUGUUGUCUGGAGCUGAAGAUGUGGGUCUUUUCAAAGAGUUCAGUGAUGGCUCUAUGAGGAGCUUCACCUGUGCAAAUAAACAAAACUUUAAAGACUUUCAAGGUGAUGGAGAUGGCUUCCUGAGCAUGGCCGAAUGUCAGUACAUAAUUAAACAUGAGCUGGAUACUCUACGAGCCAAAGAUGAGACUCAUAUACCAGGAUACACACAGGCCAAGCUCUAUCCUGGAAAAUCAAUUAUUCGCAGAUUACUGUCUAAAGGAAUCAUGGUUCAGAUGUUUCCUCUCCAUGAGAAGGAAGAACUGAAGAGACUCUCAUUUUCGUGGUUCAAAAAGGUCAAGUUGUCUCUCCAACCUCUAGAUGAUAUCAGACACUACUUUGGAGAGGGUCAGGCGCUGUACUUUGGGUUCCUGGAGUACUUCACUUUCGCCCUGAUUCCUAUGGCUUUAAUUGGCAUUCCUUAUUAUCUGUUCGACUUCGAGGACUAUAACAAAUACGUGGUCUUUGCAGUCUUCAACGUGAUUUGGUGCACUGUUAUACUUGAGUUAUGGAAGCGUUUCAGUGCUUCUCUUGCCUAUCGUUGGGGGACACUGAGCAGAAAAAAGGCGUUUGAAGAGCCACGCCCUGGUUUUCAUGGGGCCCUUGGGUUCAAUCCAGUCACAGGACGCAAGGAGCCUCUGUACCCCAAUGCAAAGAGACAGCUCAGAGUCUACUGUGUGUCUGUGCCCUUUGUGCUCCUGUGCCUUUACCUGUCUCUGUAUGUCAUGAUGAUAUACUUCCAAAUGGAGGGAUGGGCUCUGUCUCUCCAUGAUGAGAACCCCUCGUUCUGGACUGGGAUCCUGCUCUUCAUCCCCAGUAUUAUCUAUGCAGUGGUCAUCGAGAUCAUGAACCUCAUCUACAGAUAUGCUGCAGAGUUUCUAACUGAGUGGGAAAAUCACAGGCUGGAAUCUUCAUAUCAAAAUCACCUGGUCCUUAAAGUUUUAGUUUUCAACUUCUUCAACUGCUUUGCCUCCCUCUUCUACAUUGCUUUUGUAAUGCAGGACAUGGCGCUGCUCAGACAGAGUUUGGCCACACUGCUGAUCACCAGUCAGAUCCUAAAUCAAUUCAUGGAGGCCUUCCUGCCAUAUUGGCUGCAGAGGAGACGCAAUAAGAAGAUGAUCCGAAAAGUCAAGAAGAAAACCACACUAGAGGACAAAGCAAUGCCCUUAGAGGAACAAGUCCGACUGGAGGCUGACAUGAGCACGUAUCUGGGCACUUUUGAUGACUACCUGGAGUUGUUCUUGCUCUUCGGAUACGUCAGCCUGUUUUCGUGUGUGUAUCCUCUGGCUGCUGUCCUGGUCGUGUUGAACAAUAUCACUGAGGUUUACUCUGACGCCUUCAAAAUGUGCCGUGUGUUCAAGAGGCCUUUCUCUGACCCAGCUUCUAACAUAGGAGUCUGGCAGCUGGCCUUUGAAGCUAUGAGUGUGAUUGCCGUAGUGACCAACUGUGCUCUGAUCGGCAUGUCUCCACAAGUCAAAGCCUACUUCCCUGAAUCCGAGAUGCAGCUCAUUCUGUGGACAGUGGCCAUUGAGCACAGUCUCCUGGCUCUGAAGUUCAUCCUGACGUUCCUAAUCCCAGAUGUUCCUAAACCCAUCCAGAUCCAACUGGCCAGACUGGAGUUUGAGUCACUUGAGGCACUAAAGAAAAAGAAAAUGUUGGAGACCUCUGAGCUGAGUAAAGGCUUCCACUGAUGAUGAGAGACUGAACAUGAACUUUUCACAAAAUGCGACAACAGAGCGACUGUAUGUAACUUGCAAUAUAAACCUAGCUGCUUCAACAUGGAGACUCAGUUUACAGUCCAGGGAUUAGGAAAAUCUCUGAGAAUAAAAAAUUGGACAGCAUCUAAUUCUGUAAGAAAUGUUUAUCAUUACAGUUUCCUGCUUCUCCACAUUUGUUGUUACACAUUAGUAUUACAUCCUUAAUGCUGGAGUGGGCACUGGGCAUAGUACUGUUAAAAGACUGAUUAAGAUUAUUCCAAGUCUAAAUUUGUGCUUACAUGGAAUGGUGAUAUUGAUACAACCAAAUUACCGAAUAAGGUUUAAAGAUAUUGAAAAAUUAGAUAGACAAAUCAGACUAGUUGUAGCAAUAUUGUCUAAACAUAAAAUCUUAAAGACAUGUAUUUACUUCUGAAUCAGCAAAUCCCAAACAUUGAGGUAUUAUGGAGACUGUAUAGUAUGAAUGUACUGUAAUAUAAAAUAGGUGUUGGUAAUACAGGGAGCAAUAUGAUGGGAGGGGGUUAUUUAAAAAUGACAUGAAUUGCUGUAGUGUACAGUACACAUAUUAAAAACUGUAAGAUUUUAUGACAAAGCAUUAUUUUACAUUGCGCUCAGUCACUUUGGGUUCUCUAAGACUGUAUUCACGUAAACUUAAUUUAGUACUGUAAAAUUCCAGCCUCAGACCAAGUACGCACAGCACCAAGACUCUGAAAACCAUAAAAAAUACUAACAAUAUCCAGCAACUAAAGCUUACAAAUUACUUAGAACUUUGACUAAUAAUGAAUAAAUAAACACAAAAAUGUCAAUAGAUAUGAGCUGAUCAAAAUUAAAAGUCUCAGAUGUAAACUUGCAUGGCACUUGUAUUAGAUUGUAUUCCAACUCUAGACAGAAGUUUGAUUUGAGUCAUAAAAACAGUUUUGAACUAAACGUCCAAGAAAUCUUGAGCCAAACUUUGGAUUGGAUUUGAUGGAAAUUGUGUGACUAUUAUCAGCAUAUUAUUCUGAAAUGCAAAAGCUCUGUAAUACAUUUAUGAUAAAGAAAAACAUUUCAAAACAUAAAAGCAUUAAUAAUAAAACGAGCAAAUGAGCAGACACACUCCAGUAAACCAAGUCAAAAAGAGUCAUGUAAAAAUGUAUUUCUUUACUCUAGAGUACACAUAUUAAUUUGUAUGUUUAACUUGAAUACAGCUGCUAGUAUUAAAACCAUAUUCUGAUAAAAUGCAUCAAACAAUGAUAUCCACUCAUUAAGACUUAUUAUUGUAAAAGUUUCCCUUUGAACACGAUCUUGCAGAAAUGAACAAAGACUUUUCUACCAAAGCUUCUCCAUCUCUCAGUACUGAACAUGUUUCUUGUGUUUCUAUCUGGUAUUCACAAAUGUAUUUAGCAUGUCACAUGACCAGGUUAUACCUCUGUUUAUGUACUUAUGUCAUGUUUGAAGUUUGAACCACCCUGGUGCCUUGAACCACCUGUUUUGCUGCACUAUGUAUUGACAAAAGCAAAUUAAGUGAAUGCAUUAUGGAUAAUAAAAAAAAGACUGAGAAAGGAAA